GGCAGCAUGAUGCUUGAACUGGAGCAGCGGGUGCGUGAGCUGGAGACCUGGACAGAAGGGAAAGCUGUGAUUGUGCAGGGAGCUGCUGGAACCUUCUGCUCUGGAUCUGAUCUCAAUGCAGUCAGAGCCAUAGCAAACCCACACGAUGGCAUGAAGAUGUGCGAGUUCAUGCAGAACACUCUCACAAGACUCCUCAGGUUGGUCUGUCUGAAGAAACAAGCAGAGCAGAGCAAUCGAGACACCAGGGGUCAAUAUCAUAAAAUAUUUUUGAACAAAAUUUGAAGAAAGUAGAGAAUCUUUGCCACACCAUGUACUUCAGCUCCUGUCCCUCUUUUUGAAAGAUGCAUGUUUCAAAAGGUAGUAUGCUACAUUGUUAGAAUGUCACCAUGUGAGUAGUGUG